AUGACUUCGACCACGUCUUCUUCCCCACAAGCGGUGUCCGCGGCCGCACCAGCACCACAGUCGACAGCAUCGUCAGCGGCGUCUACGAGCGCCUCGAUGCUUCCUUCCAUACCCGACAUUCUCUACGGCACGGCUUGGAAGGAUACGCGAACAACUACACUCGUCUUUACUGCCAUCACUGCCGGAUUUCGAGGCAUCGACACCGCUGGUCAGAGGAAACAUUACCGAGAAGAACUGGUUGGUCAAGCUCUUCAUCAGCUAGAAGAGGCCGGCGUGGCUCGAAGAGAAGAGGUCUGGUUGCAGACAAAGUGAGCUUGAUCUCCUAGGCUCCGUAACCACCCCUCUUUACAUACCUGUCUGAAUGGAUUGAUCUGACGUCGGCGCCACUCUUCUCAGAUUCACCUCCAAAGACGGGCAGGAUCUUUCGGGUCCUGUCCCAUAUGAUCCGCGCUGGCCAGUCCGGAAACAGAUCCGCCAUAGCGCAUUUGCUUCGCUGCGCAAUCUUCACGUCAGCGACAGGUGGGACAAAGCCGAGCUACUAGAAGCAGCAAAGCAAGCAGCAGGCCUCGCUCAAACGAGUGGGGCUUCCGCUGCGAACAAAGGCAAAGGUCGAAGUGUAGAUUAUACACAAAGCGCUCUCGGAAGAUCAAGCGCUAACGAUGAAGGAGAGCAGCAUCCUUCUGGUCUGCCGGACUUUGCCAAGUUCAGGCCCAUAGGUGCUAUCUCACCGGACGGCAAGACCAGACCUUGGCUCGAUAGUUAUCUCCUACACUCACCCUUGCGAAGCCUCGAAGAGACGCUGCAAGCGUGGCAAGAAAUGGAGCUGCUUGUACAGGAGGGCUGGGUGAGACAUAUCGGUUUCAGUAGUGAGUUGUCAAGAGUCGAUCCCGCGCACGCGUCAGCUUCUCGCUGAAUUUUUCGCACAACGACGCAACUUGCGGCUCAAAGAUGUGUACGAUUCGAGGAUAUGGAAUGCCUUAUUGCAAUCGAUCAACAUCCGACCCCUUGCAUUGCAGAAUCGCUGGCACAGCAGCUCAGGACACGACGUUUCCUUGCUCUCCACGCUUUCCCCCAUCCUAUCGCCCAACGACUCUGAAGGACACGCGAUCCACUAUCAGCCUUUCUGGACUCUGACUGGCAACCCCGCACUCUUGCGAAGCGAACCUGUGGUUCGCGCAGCCAUCGCUCACGACUGGACACCUGCUCAGGUCGUCUACAAAUUCGUCAACCAAGGUAUGGGCAUACAAGGCUUGCGGUGCUGCGUUUUGACAGGGACUACAGACGAGAAACAUAUGCGGCAAGCUGUACAGGUGGUCAACAACAGGCACGGCGAGAGUCAUCUACUCACAGUCGGUGAGGUCAACGAAAUCAGAAAGCAGGUGUACGGGGAAUAG